CUAGACCUCUUGACCCACUCGCGAUAAACGUCUCUCUCGAUCUUACUCGUAUGUCUCCAGUCGAAGAAAUCGUUCAUCUUGUUUCAUCGUAAUCUCGAAACGACCAAUGCAUGAUCGGCUAUUUAUUUUUUUCGACUUGCAGUUGAUACUCGGUCGCGAGUAUGAUCGUUCAUUACGUAAUCCGAGAUGGAUCCCGUUAACGUAUUCGCUAGUUUGUGCGUAAUAUUGGCAGCUUUGUACCACUACUUCACCUUUUGGUAUGGAUAUUGGAAGAAGUACGGGCUGCCCGUUCCCGAGGGAACGCUACCUGGCCUCGGAAAUAUGUACCCCGUGUUGUUUAUGAAAAAAAGCGUGGCUCUGUUAACGAAGGAUAUUUACAAGAAAAUGGCCGGCUACAGUAUGGUGGGUUUGUACGACUUCAGAAAACCUACACUGUUGGUGAGAGAUCCGGAUCUGGUGAAGACGGUGAUGCAGAGCGAGUUUUCGGCUUUUCACGAAAACCUACUUGGCGUGGACCCAGAGUUGGACCCGCUGCUGUACACGGCCCCUUUUUUUUCCAACGGCAUACCGUGGAAGCAUUCGAGGAAGCAGUUAUCGUCGGCGUUCACGUCGGGAAAAUUGAAGUACAUGUACGAAUCGAUUGACAACGUUUGCUCCAAGCUGGUGAAUUACCUGAAUCGAAAGAACGCUGCCGCCGGAGGAGAGAGCCUCGAAGUGGAAGCAAAAGAACUGUUUUCAAGGUUCACAGCCGAAGUCGUUGCCGUAGCUGCGUUCGGUAUAGAGGGUGAUUCUUUCAAGAGCGAUAACGAUGGAAUAUUCAGGAAAAUGGGUAGAUUGAUGUUCGAGCCCUCGCCGUUGAAAGGUUUCAAGCAAUUCUUGAGUCUCAAUCUUCCAGUUUUCAGAAAACUGUUUGCAAUCAGUUUCAUGCCCCUCGAAGUACAAACCUUUUUCAUAAAAGUAGUUCGCGAAGUUUUGCAGUAUCGAAAGGAGAACAAUGUUAAGAAAAAUGACUUGCUGCAGUUGAUGAUUCAGUACAAGGACUCCGCUGAGUCGACGAAUGAUGGGUCUAAUGAGAAGUUCGACGACAUGAGCAUCGCCUCCCAUACGACGUCAUUUUUCUUCGACGGUUACGAGUCGACCAGUAUCGCUAUCAGUUUUUUCGCCUAUACUUUGGCGAAGCACCCAGAUAUUCAGCAAAAAGUGCGCGACGAGAUUCUCGAAGUCGCGAAAAAAUACAACGGAAUAACUUACGAGGCUCUUCAGGAAAUGGUUUACUUCGAACAAGCGUUUAACGAAUCUAUGAGGCUCUUCCCUGUCCUCGGAGUUCUCAGCAAAGUUUGCACAAAGGAGAUUGAUAUCAGGGGAGCCGACGGACUCACCUGUCGUGUGAUCCCAGGAACGAACGUCUUAAUACCCGUAUUCGGACUGCAUAUGGACUCGCGAUAUUGGCCGGAACCAGAAAAAUUUGACCCUGAUCGUUUCUCUGAAACAAAUAAACAGGGUAGGCACAAGUACGUCUAUCUUCCUUUCGGCGAAGGACCUCGUAUCUGCAUUGGCAUGAGAAUGGGCGUCCUUCAGACGAAAGCUGCGGUCGCCACCAUAUUGCAGCAUUACUCGUUAACGCUUUCACCGAAGACGAAAGAACCUUUGGAGAUUAAUCCAAACUACUUCAUGACUGCAGCUCUUGGUGGAAUUUGGAUGGAUCUGAAACCUCUAAUAAAUCUGGUUGUGCGGACGCAUCAGUUGAUUCAAACGUUAGCCAUGGAGUGGAUCAGUAUUCUCUCGCUGGUAACAAUAGCAAUUUCGUUAUUAUACCUUUAUCAAAAGCUUGUUUUUAGCUAUUGGGAUCGAAAAUCAAUACCAUGUUUGAAAGGUGCUUGGCCGAUUGUGGGGAAUGUUCAUCCCAUGAUUUUUAUGAGAAAAAAUAUGUCCGACAUGUACAAAGACUUUUACAAUGCGAUGCGAGGACGCAGUAUGGUGGGUUUCUACAACAUGAAGGAGCCGGCUCUGCUGAUACGUGAUCCCGAAUUAGUGAAGUGCAUUUUAUCUAAAAAUUUCCCGAAUUUCGAAAAGAAUCUCCUCGAGAUCAACAAGGACCUGGAUCCUCUGUUCGCUGCGAACGCAUUUUUUGCCGAAGGGGAACAAUGGAAGACUACGAGGCAACAGCUGAGCGCAGCGUUUACCUCAGGAAAAUUGAAAUACAUGUACGAGUCGAUUGACAAUGUCUGCGUAAAGCUGGUAAAAUAUCUGCAUAAAUUAACCGAGCGAAAUGGCGGUAAAAUAGAAUUGGAAAUGAAGGAAUUGUUCUCAAGAUUCACAGCUGAAGCCGUAGCCAGCGCGGCAUUCGGUGUCGAAGGUGGUAGUUUCGAAUCUGAACAGGACGGUACAUUCAAAGAAAUGGGAAGACGUAUUUUCGAACCAUCGUUGAAAAAAGGACUGGAGCAAUUCUCCGUCAUGUGCGUCCCGUGGCUCAGUUCGAUUCUGAGGCUAAGAUUUAUGCCUCUCGACGUGGACCAGUUGUUCAGAAAAAUUAUCAGAGAUGUCAUCAAACACCGAGAGGACAAAGGUAUUCAACGACCAGAUUUCAUACAGCUCAUGAUGCAGCUGAAAAAUUCACACGCGGUAGAUAAAAUUCGCAACGAGGAAUUCAACGACGACAUCAUCACCUCCCACGCCACCUCCUUCUUCGCAGAUGGCUACGAAACUUCCAGCAUUACAUUGAGUUUUCUCGCGUAUCAACUAGCCGCUCAUCCCGACGUACAGGACCGUCUUCGCUCUGAAGUGAACGCGGUAGUCGCCGAACACGGUAGUAUUAAUUACGAAGCACUUCAAUCGAUGCCGUACCUGGAUCAGGUGAUGAUGGAAUCGAUGCGGCUGACUCCUGCCUUUGGAGCGUUGCUAAAGGUCUGCACGAAGCAAAUCGAACUCGUGGGUUCCGAUGGAUUGAGUUGCGUCAUUGAACCCGGAGUGAACAUUAUAAUCCCGACGAGUGCCAUCCAACAAGACCCCGAAUACUGGCCUGAACCGCACAAGUUUGAUCCCGACCGUUUCACGGAGGAGAACAAAGAGUCACGACACAAAUUUGUAUUCCUUCCUUUCGGUGGAGGGCCUAGAAAUUGUCCCGGUCAAAGAAUGGCGAUGAUGCAGAUGAAGGCAGCAAUUUCUACGGUCGUUCAAAAAUAUAAAUUGGAAGUAUCGCCCCGUACCAAAUUACCGAUCCGACUCGAUCCCAGAUACUUCAUAAUGUCCGCCGCAGUUGGGGGACUUUGGAUCAACAUGAGAAAAAUCUGAAUCGUGGCCAGUUGAAUGAAUUGUAUCCCGCAUCUACCAAUCCAUGAAAACAGAUUCCUCGAUCACGAAAAUUGUUGCACAACUAUUGAGAAAAUAAUGUACGGUAAAUUCUGAUGGACCAAAGGCAGCUGGAUGACUGAAUAAAUCAACACACGAUUGUUCCCAGUUACAGAGAGUACGAGGGCGUGCACACGUACGUUCUUUCUAAUCAUAUGAGACGAUUUGAUAUUCGAAUAAAUUCUUCCUGGAGGUCGUUUUGUUCGACUCAUUUUUACGAUGUGAGAACCUAAAUGAAUUCAACGUUGGAAUACACGUGAAGUGAUUUACGGUUGUCCCGGAGAUACCUACGCUGAACCUCAAUGUGGAUAUUUGAAUCCGCAAUUUUGAUCCAAGAAAUGUGUCGAGUAAAUUUCAGGCAAACCUCCCUUGUGCUCUGAACUUUGUCAAUUUUUCUCAAAAUUUGUCCAAUUCAAAAAGAAUAGAAUGAAUCGUUUAUCGCA